GCCAGUAGGCUGUCACAAAAUGUAUCGAAACGAAAAAAAACAAUCUCUUUUGUGAUCAGAGACGAAGUGGAGCGCCACCAUCGCGCCGGAGUGAAUGCUUUACAGCUAGAUUCCAGUAAUGGACGUCUUUUUUCAGCAGGAAGAGACUCUGUCAUACGAUGUUGGGAUGUAAGCACCAUAAAUCGUGGAAAAGGCGAAACCCUUAGUCAGAGUGCUCGUUAUUUAUCAUCGCUUGAACAUCACAACGACUGGGUCAAUGAUAUUGUCUUGUGCCGCAACGGAAAAACAUUAAUUUCUGCAUCGUCGGAUUCGACAGUGAAAGUUUGGGAUGCUGUCAAAGGGUAUUGUAUGUCAACCCUACGCACCCAUAAGGAUUAUGUCAAAGCAUUAGCUUAUGCUAAAGACAAAGAACUUGUUGCAUCUGGUGCUUUAGAUAAACAAAUAUUUCUAUGGGAUGUCAACACUCUUACAGCUUUAACUGCAACAAACAACACAGUCACCACUUCUUCUCUUAGUGGUCAGAAAGAUUCAAUUUACAGUUUGUCAAUGAAUAAUGCUGGGACUGUUCUUGUGUCAGGCUCAACAGAAAAGGCCUUACGAGUUUGGGAUCCACGGACGUGUGAAAAAGUUAUGAAAUUACGUGGUCAUAUGGACAAUGUAAAAACCGUAGUUUUAAAUGCUGAAGGCACUCAGUGUCUUUCAGGCAGUUCUGAUGGAACGGUUCGCUUGUGGUCUAUCGGUCAACAGCGAUGCAUUGCCACAUUCCGUGUUCACGGGCAAGGGGUCUGGACGUUGUGCCCUAACGAGUCGUUUACAAGCUUCUAUUCCAGCGGCAGAGAUCAGAGAGUCAUCUUGACUGACCUGAGACAGGAUGAUUGUUCUGUGUUAUUAUUUAUUGAAAAAUCACCAGUUUUAGCAAUGGAACUUUGUCCUGACUCAAAAUCACUAUGGGUGGCGACAUCUGACUCGGAUCUAAAACGCUGGCCUGUUGUCUUAAAGAAAAACCAUGAGCCGAUACGUUAUGACCAAGCAGAGCCAACCCCCGCGUGUCAACAACCCUCAGACACCAUCAAAGGUGCAGCAAGUAUAACCAAUUAUCACGUCCUGAAUGACCGAAGACACAUUUUAACCAGGGAUUCUGACGAUAUCGUUAAACUUUGGGACGUUUUAAAGAUCAGUUUAAAAGAAGACCUGGGAAAUGUUGAUUUUGAUAUGGAGAUUCAAAAGAGAUAUCAGAAAAUCUACGUUCCGCAAUGGUUCACAGUUGAUAUCAAAAUAGGACUCCUGAUGAUCCAUCUGGAAGAAAGUGAUUGUUUUAAUGCUUGGUUAUCCUACAGCGAUGCCCCCGACAUUACCCCCAAAAUACUGGAUGGAAAACCCGCCAUUACUAUCACGAAUUAUGUGAACUAUGGGAUGUUACUACUUCAAGCAGUGUUUGAACAUUGGCCUGACACACACUGUCUUCCAGAGACGGACAAGGAGGCCGUGAACUCUCCAGUCAAGGAAGCCGACGCCAGUGCAAGUGACGUGGACAUCAACGUCGAAGCGCCUGCUCGUAUCGUACCAGGCAAUGGUUGUUUUAGUAUUCCACUUCAUACUCCAGUUGUUGUAAGCGAAAGUUCUGGGACUGGGCGAACAUUACUUCGUUUUCUUGCCGUCGACGCCUCCGGGGAGACUGAACGAUGUCUUUUAGCGGAAAUAAUUCCUCCUUGGAUAUAUGAUGUUGUUGUAAAGAAAUUGGCACCAAAGUCAAAUAAAUUGGCGUUCUUUCUACUUCCACAUUCUUCUAGUCUUAAGUCUCAAAAAAGGGAUCGUCUGUGCGCAAGUGACAUGAUCCAGAUAAAGAAGGUCAUUGAACAUGUUUAUGAAAAAUUCUUUGGCAACGAGACUUCUGGAUCAAGCUCCUCAACUCCUGGUAACGAACGUGAGCCGAGUACAGUGGAAAGUGAAGAUAUUUCGCAGAUAGCUCAUUCCAAGAUUGAGUUGUAUUGUAAUUCCCAGCUUUUAGAGCCAUCAAUGGAUCUAAGAACUGUAAAACAUUAUCUGUGGAAAAAUAGUGGUGAAAUCGUCUUGCACUAUCGACUUCUGAAGUGAUUGAAAAAUGAAGGAAGUCCUUAUUGGCCUGAAUAUAGAUAUACUAUUUAUUACAAUGCAGUUCCGGAAAUGUGAAUUUCAGUACCCGAUUUUACAACAUCUGGGGCAUUCAAAUUGAAUCCGAGUUGACUUAGAGCACGCUAAAAUCCCGCCAGUAAGGGGCUGUUUACAUGAACCCGGUUACCCGAGAUUCAACGAAGCGUGAGAUGACUUUGCGG